ACGAGAGCGCUGUAUGCCUGCUUGUGACGUAAUAGGAUGCAAGUUGGAUAUAAAUUGGUGUGCCUCGCGCGCAGAUAGUGAAUGGAGACGAAGAGAGAAACGUGACCACAAAACAACUUUGAUUUUCGGAUUUUCUCAAACGCUUUAUUGUCUGGAAAUCUACCUUUGAGUUUAGUUUGAGGUACACUCCACCAGUUCUUCAACUGUCGCUGAGCAGGACUCAUCCAAAGCGGAUAAAAGAUGAAAUACAUCAUAGGAAUUGGCGGGUAAGUUUUUCUGUUCAAUUGAAAACAUUAAUAUUUGGAUUUAGUACUAAAUGAAGUUGCCAUUUACAGAAUUUAAAGGUUGUCUUUGCCUAAAUAGCAGAUGAAUUGUGUACAUGUAUGCAGUCAGUGUUAGUGUGCUGUGUCGAAUCAUCUGUGUUCCUAUCAAAAUGGACCGGAAACAACACUAUUAAUUGUAGUAACUAAAAAAUUAUUUGUAAUUUACACUUAAUCUAGUCUGUCUUUUUGGCGGCCACAUGUUUUAUCAGCUGCCCGCCAGAACUCCUUAACACAGCCGGACUGUUAAACCGGUUUAAAGUCACAUCCGCUGUGUGUGUGUGUGUGUGUGUGUGUGUGUGUGUGUGUGUGUGUGUGUGUGUGUGUGUGUGUGUGUGUGUGUGUGUGUGUGUGUGUGUGUGGUUUGUUGUCAUAAAUCGAGCGGGACAUUUGAAAAUUCACCGCGAGAUUCGAGCUCAAAAGUGGAGGGAGAUCUAACACAAGUACAACCCAAAUAAAACAAUUCAACAUUUUAACCAAGAGCUUGUAUCUAAACAUUUUUAUCAGAAAAUCUCACAACUUGAUAGAAGUAGUUUGCAUUAAAACAGAGCAAAGCGUUUUCCACUUAGUACUUCCGACAGCUUUGGCGGUUCAACUUGUAAACACACAACAUACAUACUUUUUUACAUCACAUUUCAGUGUGUUUCAGGCAAUUAUUACUUUUUGUGUGUCUCUAAAAAACACAAUUAAGGGCACAGCACCACAUUGCCCACUAAUUAACCUAUAACCCUUUGUAACAUAAAAUCCCAUUCUGUUUCCUUGACAGUGUCACCAAUGGUGGCAAAACCACCCUGACGAAUAAAUUGAUCAAGACUUUGCCCAACUGCUGUGUUGUGCACCAAGAUGACUUUUUCAAGGUGAGUGUCAGACAGUUGAAAAUAGGUUUAUUUAUUUAAAUGUUGUUACUUCCUCAUUUUUGAGCACUGAAUGGCUAUUGCAUUGCAUGUAAGCAAAAUAGCUGUGUAUCCUCUCUUUUUAGUUCUCUGUGUAGCUAAUAUGUAAAUCACCUUUCAGUCUGUAUAGCAUAGUUUCUGUUGUCUUCUACUGCUUAAAUUUUUAUCUUCUUCUGUGUUAUGCUCUGUAUUAACUUUGUUCACUGUAUGAACUGCUGUAGCUUAUUGACACAUUUUUAAAUGAUGAGCAAGCUUCUAUUCAAUCUUAGCUUUAAGUGCUUUCCUUUUUUUUCUCACUUUCAUUGAAGCUGCGUAGCUACUUAAAUGUGCAUGCUCUUUUUUUCUUUGUAUUUCCCUCUGUCCUCUGUGUGCACUGCUUUGGUCGGGUUACUCUGGCAUGUGAGUGGGGACUGCAAGUGUUCAGAAGCUGUGAGGUUGCAGCAAUAUUUUAUUGGUGACUGUUAUUUCAGAAACCUGAUCAGAUAGAAGUUGGGGAGGACGGCUUUAAACAAUGGGAUGGUAAGACUUCACUGAAGACUGCCAAUGACUCAUGGUUUUCUUUGCACUGUCAUAGACCCACACCUGCGAACCUAGGAUACGUUAUAAACAUUUCACAUACGCACCAUUCAAUGAUAAAUCAAGCAGACAAUGACCUCCAGUAAGCUGGAGCAAACGACAAAACACAAUUUCAAAUUUUCAUACUCUUAUCUGUAUCCACUCUAAUUAACUUUCUCCCCUCUAUUAUAUUCCUCUCUAUUCUUCUUCUUUUUAUAGUGAUCACAUCUUUGGACAUGGAGGCCAUGACCAACACAGUAAAAGGCUGGGUUGAGAAUCCAGUGAAGUUCGCCCGCUCCCACGGAGUCAGCCUGUCUCCCCCAUCUGAUGAGUCAAACCCUGACGAGCAGAUCCACAUCCUCAUCGUGGAGGGCUUCCUGCUUUACAACUACGAGUGAGUUGAUUAUCAUUCAUCUGUUUGACUUUCAGUUUCUCGGUCACACAAGGCUGUUUAAAACAUAUUACAUGGGAAUUUUUGUGUAUCAGCAGUUUGCUGUAUUUAUCCUGUGGGUUCUUGAACUCCCUGGAUCUUCUUGAUAACAUAGAACCAUCAGUUUAGUAAAUUGGACCACUUGUUCCAGAAAUUCCUAGAAAUUCAUGACGACACACGUGGCUCACAUGUGUUGUAUUUACUAUGGCACGUGCCACUCCACAUGCUUACUGCUGGAGCACAUAACCAGGCGAGUCUUGCAGAUAGAGAUAAGAGCUUCAGCAGAGAGAGGCUCUCUGAGUGGUCCUCAAAGCUGGCCUAGGUGAUGAGAACACGGUGUAUUAGGAAUGUAUGUCAGGCGCGCUGCAGAGUUAGAGAUAAGGGUCAGAGUGAGCAGCUGCAUGACUCUGCUUCUUUACUUUUUGUACAUACUGACCUUGUUCAUCUUCUUCUGCCUCUAGGCCUCUUUUGGGUGUGUUCAACAAGAGCUAUUACAUAACGAUACCCUACGAAGAGUGCAAGUUGAGGAGGAGGUAAGAGAAAAGUGUCGCACAGACAUUUUAUCAGUCCAGUCAUAGUCCCUUCUAAAUGACAUGACUGCAGUUUGGUUUCAUUGAUAGAUUCCAUUUUCACACAGUGUGUUUCCUCUUCCAGUACAAGACAGUACACUGUCCCUGACCCCCCUGGCCUGUUUGAUGGUCACGUUUGGCCGAUGUACCUGAAACACAGGAAAGCAAUGGAGGAGUGCGGUUUGAAUAUCGGUAUGUCACACCUGACAGACUUUUGACAAAGAUUCUUUUGAGAAUAUUUCUGACACUACUCUGGAGAUGUCUGUGUCCUACACUUUUAAAGAUGGGUUUCAAAGAUUUAUGUAAUUCUUUUGGUCACAGAGUACCUUGAUGGUGUGAAGUCCAAAGAGGAGAUCUACAACCAAGUGUAUGAAGACAUUCAGAACAACCUGCUCAAUCGUUUAUAGGUAAAAAACAAACAGGUCUUAAGUGAAUCAUUAGAACAUAGGAUAUUCAGAGAUGUGUAUAAUGAUCUUGAUAUGGACAACCCCAUUAAACUUUCUUUUCUUUUCUUUUUGCAGCAGGAAGACUCCUCUCCAACCCUGUACAGAUUUUGUAAAUAGAGAACCAAGGAUCCCUUUUUUAUGACCUGUUUUCUAAUUUUAUUCUUUGUUUGUAAAUGGAACGCAGCAGCUUUAAUUUAUAAUUGUUUAAUCAUCUUCAGAUGAUCAAUAGUGUUUUUUUCUUUUUUCUUUUAUAGAAGUGAUUGUUGAAAAGAUCAUUUGUAUGUCACCUGUAUAUUAAACUGCUACCUUGUAUUGGAUCACUUGUUGCAGUCUCCUGUGAAUAAAUGCAGUAGUUGCUGUUUAUAUGCAGUAAAUCAAGAAU